AGAAUUCUUCGGUCACUGCUCGACGCGGGCGCCGAGGUCAAUGCGCAGGGUGGAGAGUACGGCGCCGCACUGCAGGCAGCUUCAGCUAGAGGGCGCGAGCAGGUAGUUAAGACGCUUGAUGUGGGUGCUCACCAACAUCAGGAAGUUAACACCGGACCAGGGUCUGAACAGCAUCGCUCAGGCCUUAAGCAAGCAUUGUCGGGCGCGUAG